AUGGCGUUGGCCGUCUUGCGGGUCCUGGAUCCCUUCCCGACCGAGACGCCCCCGUUGGCGGUGCUGCUGCCGCCCGGGGGCCCGUGGCCGGUGACGGGGCAGGGCCUGGUGCUGGCCCUGCGACCCGCGGCCGAGAGCCCGGCGGGCCCGGCGCUCCUCGUGACGGCGCUGGAGGCGCCGGGCGCCGGCGGCGAGGACGGACGGGCCGCGGGGUCUCCGCCUCCUCCGCCGCUGCUGGUGAGCCGCGCGCUGCUGCGGCUGCUGGCGCUGGGCUCCGGGGCGCGGGUUCGAGCCCGGCCCGUGCGGCGGCCCCCGGCGCUGUGCUGGGCUCUGCUCGCCGCAUCCCCGGGAGCCGGGUUCGGACCUCGAGCCGGGCCGUUGCUGGUGAGGCGAGGAGAGACGCUUCCGAUGCCGGGACCGCGAGUCCUGGAGACCCGGCCGGCUUUGCAAGGGUUGCUGGGUCCCGGGACGCGGCUGGCUGUCACCGAGCUCCGUGCACGGGCCAGGCCGGGCCCGGAGAGCGGGGACCACAGCCGCCGCCCCCCGCCCCCGCCCGUGGUGUCCUCCUUCGCGGCUCCCCGCACGGUGCGGCGACUCCGCGGCGUCCUGGGCGAGACUGGAGGAGAUGCCCUGGGGGUGAGCCGGACUUGUCUCCGGGGCCUGGGUCUCUUCCAGGGAGAAUGGGUCUGGGUGUCAUCCGACGCUCGCCGGCCGCGCGCGGCCACCGUGCAGGUCCUGGAGCCUCGCUGGGAGCUGUCGGAGAGAUUGGGUCCCGGCUCUGGGCAGCCCGGAGAAGCCCUCGCUGAUGGACUGGCCCUCGUGCCUGCCACGCUGGCUUUUAAUCUCGGCUGUGACCCCUUGCAAGUGGGAGAGCUCACGAUUCAGAGGUACUUGGAAGGCUCCGUUGCCCCUGAAGACAAAGGAAGCUGCUCAUUGCUGCCCAGGCCUCCGUUUGCCAGAGAAUUACACGUGGAAAUUGUGUCCUCACCCCACUACACUAAUGGAAAUUAUGACCAUGUUCUUUACCGGCACUUUCAAACACCCAGGGUAGUCCAGGAAGGGGAUGUUCUGUGUGUGCCAACAGCUGGGCAAGUUGAGAUCCUGGAAGGAAGUCCGGACAAACUGCCCAGGUGGCGGGAAAUGUUUUUUAAGGUGAAGAAAACAGUUGGAGACGCUCCAGAUGGGCCAGCCAGAGCCUACUUGGCCGACACCACCCACACCUCCUUAUACAUGGUGGGUUCCACCUUGAGCCCCGUUCCCACGCUGUCCUCAGGAGGCUCCACUCCCUGGAGCGGCCUGUCUCCUCCAGGCUUAGAGGGCUUGGUGACCGAGCUCUGCGCUGCCCUGAAGCCUCGCCUGCAGCCUGGCGGUACCCUGCUGACAGGAACCAGCUGUGUCCUUCUGCGGGGUCCCCCAGGCAGUGGGAAGACCACAGCAGUCACAGCUGCCUGCAGUCGCCUCGGACUCCAUUUAGUAAAGGUCCCCUGCUCCAGCCUGUGUGCAGACAGUAGCGGGGCUGUGGAGGCAAAGCUGCAGGCCGCCUUCUCCCGGGCCCGCCGCUGCCGACCCGCAGUCCUCUUGCUGACGGCUGUGGACCUUCUGGGCCGGGACCGUGAUGGGCUGGCUGAAGAUGCCCGUGUGGUGGCCACCUUGCGUCACCUCCUCCUCGAUGAGGACCCCCUCAGCAGCUGCCCUCCCCUGAUGGUUGUGGCCACCACAAGCCGGGCCCAGGACCUGCCUGCUGAUGUGCAGACCGCGUUUCCUCAGGAGCUGGAGGUGCCAGUGCUGUCAGAGGGGCAGCGGCUCAGUAUCCUGCGGGCUCUCACUGCCCACCUCCCCCUGGGCCAGGAGGUGAACCUGGCCCAGCUGGCACGGCGCUGUGCAGGCUUCGUGGCGGGAGACCUCCAUGCCCUAUUGACCUACAGCAGCCGGGCAGCCUGCACCCGGAUCAAGAACUCAGGGUGCUGGCAUCCGGGUGUAAGCCACCAUGCCCAGCCCUACGUUUCUCUCCGUAGUGGCCUGAGCGAGGAGGACGAGGGAGACCUGUGCGCCGCUGGCUUUCCCCUACUGGCUGAGGACUUUGGGCAGGCGCUAGAGCAACUGCAGGCGGCCCAUUCGCGGGCCGUGGGGGCGCCCAAGAUCCCUUCGGUGUCCUGGCACGACGUGGGAGGUCUGCAGGAGGUUAAGAGAGAGAUUCUCGAGACUGUCCAGUUCCCUCUGGAGCACCCUGAGCUGCUGACCCAGGGCCUGCGGCGCUCGGGCCUCCUGCUGCACGGGCCCCCCGGCACUGGCAAGACCCUGCUGGCCAAAGCAGCAGCCACCGAGUGCAGCCUCACCUUCCUCAGUGUGAAGGGCCCAGAGCUUAUCAACAUGUACGUGGGCCAAAGUGAGGAGAACGUGCGGGAAGUGUUUGCCAGGGCCAGGGCGGCUGCUCCAUGCAUCAUCUUCUUUGAUGAGCUUGACUCCUUGGCCCCAAGCCGGGGGCGAAGUGGAGAUUCUGGAGGAGUGAUGGACAGAGUGGUGUCUCAGCUCCUGGCUGAGCUGGAUGGGCUUCACAGCAGUCAGGAUGUGUUUGUGAUCGGAGCCACUAACAGACCUGACCUUCUGGAUCCUGCCCUUCUGCGGCCUGGCAGAUUCGACAAGCUGGUGUUUGUGGGGGCAAGUGAGGACCGGGCCUCCCAGCUGCGCAUCCUGAGCGCCAUCACACGCAGGUUCAAGCUGGAGCCCUCCGUGAGCCUGAUGAACGUGCUAGAUUGCUGCCCUCCUCAGCUGACGGGUGCGGACCUCUAUUCCCUCUGUUCUGAUGCCAUGACAGCUGCUCUUAAACGCAGGGUUCGUGACUUGGAGGAAGGCCUGGAGCCCGUGGGCUCAGCGCUGCUGCUCACCAUGGAGGACCUGCUGCAGGCCGCCGCCAGGCUACAGCCCUCAGUCAGCGAGCAGGAGAUGCUGCGCUACAAGCGCAUCCAGCGCAAGUUCGCUGCCUGCUAGGGCUGUCCUGCCAUCUGCUUCUGCCAGCCUGGCAUGGCUAAAAGGUACCCUGACGGCCCCUCAAGAGAGACCCGAGGAAAGACUGCUGGCACCCCUCCUAAGGGCUGUGUCCCUCCCUCCUCCAGGAGAUUUUCUGGGCGCAGAGCGGUCUGGAGAGCCUGUCUGGAGCUCCUGCUACCUGUCCCCACUCCCUACCUGCCCCUACCCCCACCUGUCCCUACUCCCGGGCCUGUGGCCGAAAAUAAAGCGUACGCUGCUGCCCCC